GCCUCCGGGCGAAUGGCAAUCCGAUAGGUGACGUGUAGCGCAGUGUAAACUGAGCAAAACACAAGGAUAGACCAUGCAAACCCGGCUUAUUUUGCUGCUGCUGGCCCUGGCGCCGCUGGUCCUGGCCAAAAAGUUCAAGGAGGAGGAGAAACCAGCGUGGGCCAAGAAGGACAUCCGCGACUACAGCGAGGCGGACCUGGAGCGUCUGCUGGAUCAGUGGGAGGAGGACGAAGAGCCCCUGGAGGAGGAUGAGCUGCCCGAGCACCUGCGACCCCAGCCCAAGCUGGAUCUGUCCAACCUGGACAGCAAGAGCCCCGAGGAACUGCUCAAGGUGUCCAAGAAGGGACGCACGCUGAUGACCUUCGUCUCGGUGACCGGCAAUCCCACGCGGGCGGAGGGCGAGGACAUCACCAAGCUGUGGCAGACCAGUCUCUGGAACAACCACAUCCAGGCGGAGCGCUACAUGGUCGACGAUAACCGGGCCAUUUUCCUCUUCAAGGAUGGCACUCAGGCCUGGGAGGCCAAGGACUUCCUCGUCGAACAGGAGCGCUGCAAGGGGGUGACCAUCGAGAACAAGGAGUACCCGGGCGUACACGCCCAGAAGGAUGAGCUGUAGGCCAGAGCGGCGAUAAGGUUAUCAAAACAUUCUCAUAUACACUCAAGUAUUUUAAGCUCAAAGUUGAACAAAUUUAAAUAAAGUGAAUUUAUUGAAGAGUA